CCUUGUUUGAAUGGGGGAAUAUAUUCUACUAUACUCCACCUCACCCCGAAUACUGAUCGAACUAGAGUUCCUGCUCCCAAUGACCUCCAUCCUGCUGCUCGCCGGGUUGCUGCUGCUGCUGCUGCCCAUGGUGGCCGGCUACAACUACUGCAACAAUCGGACCCAUGUGUGCGACCUGGCCCAGAGAAAGCACUUUAUGUGCCGGCUGGGGGAACUGAAGCCCUAUGGAGGCCGGGCAAAGUACUACGCCAGCAUACCGGACACGCUGAAGGUGCGAAAGGACACGCUUGCCGUACUGAACACCUUUCGUGACAUGUUGGCCGGAGGGGAACUGGACACUGCCGAGAACAAGACGUUCCCGAGCGCCAAGCGGAUGAGGGCGCUCCAAUGGGACAGCGAGCUGGCCUACAUGGCGCGCACCCACGCCGCCACCGUCUCCUUCAUGCACUCCGAGUGCCGUUCUACCCUACGCUUCCCGCUGGCGGGCGAGGUCCUGGCCCUGUCGCCUCCCGUCGGGCACAGGCUCAGUCUGACGGAGCUGCUGCGCAUGGUCUUUGCACAUAUUUUCGACGAAUACAAGACGGUUCAGGAUCCGCAGAGCUUUGCCCGUAGAUUCGAUUCCAAAAGGGACUACAGCGUGGGACACUUCUCCAUCAUCGUCAACGAUCGAGUGUCUCGAGUGGGCUGUGGUUUCGCUGUGGGUUCCAACUGCGAGAAGGACGGCAAAGUCGGCUUCUGUCACUUCCUCACCUGUCACUUCGACUACACCAACGUGAACGGCUCCUAUGUCUACAAGACUGGAAAAGCUACCACGGGCUGCAACGAUUGGAAAACCAUCGCCAGCAUCAAGUACUCGAAUCUGUGCGAAAACACGGGCGAGAUCUUUCCCCUGGAGUAAGAGCGUAGUUAGGUUUUGAUAUUUCCCGAACUCGUUGAAAAUUCGUUUAAUUCUUAAAUCAUUGAAGGACCCUUAAUCGAUCAAAGGUCCUUUUCCCUUUACAUCACAACUCAUUCAAGUUUCAAGUUUCCCACACUGUUUAAAUUGCUAGUAAAAUGAUUUUGAGUGCCGUGCUGCCUGUGAUUCUGAUGAUUUCGACCAUGACAUACGGCUAUAACUACUGCAACAACAGGACCCACAGAUGCAUCCUGCUGAAUACCCAACACUUUAUGUGCAGACUGGACAAGAUUCCUUCGCUGGGCGGCACCCGGUACCAUGCCAUCGUGCCGGACAUCCCAAAACUGCGAACCGAGAUUCUGCGGAUCAUCAACAAUUUUCGAAACCAAUUUGCUAGCGGCGCAUUCAGGACGAGUGAGAACAGGACCUUCACGCAAGCCAAGCGAAUGCGCCAGAUACUGUGGGACAGCGAGCUGGCGUACAUGGCCCGCUCCCACGCCUCCACCGUGUCCUUCCAGCACACCAAGUGCCGCUCGACAGUGCGGUUCCCCAGGGUGGGCGAGUGCCUGGCCAUGAUGGUGCCCAAGUACAAGCACACCGUUCACGAAGCAUUGAAAAAGAUGUUCAAAAUAAUGUUCGACGAGCAUCUGCACAUUCAGGAUCCGAGGGGUCUGCUCCAGGGCUUCCAUCCCAUCAGGGACUACGUUAGCUCCCACUUCACCAUCAUCGUCAGCGAUCGGGUGUCUCGCGUGGGGUGUGGAGUGGCCGUCGGAACCAACUGCCGUCAAGGGUCCAGCUCUAACUUCUGCCACUUCCUGACCUGCUACUUCGACUACGACAACGUGAACGGAUCGUACGUCUAUAAGGCAGGCAAGCCGGCCUCUUCCUGUAGCGACUGGGGCACCACCAAGUCCAAGGAGUUCGCGAAUCUGUGCUAUAACAAUGGUAACCUCAUCCCCGCUGAUCAAUAGGAUCCUUGAGGGCCGGGGGCAGUCAGAGGCAGUUUGGUAUGUUCGUAUAUUGGGAUAUCAUUUGUACUGGAGAUCGCCAGUUCAUUUCCUUCAAAAUCAGAUCAAACUGACUGCUUUUACUUUUUAACACUGUGUAAAUUCGAAGUGAAAAUGAUGUGGAGGCUUUUGUUAGCUGUGGUGCUCCUGCUACCACUGACUUCCGGCUACAACUACUGCAACAACAAGACGCACAAGUGUGUGCUGGAGAAGAAAAAGCACUUCAUGUGCCAUCUGAAGGACUUCACCGUCUACGGGAACUCGACCAAGUUCCAUGCUUCCGUGCCGAACAACAUGAGAAUGCAGAAGAUAGCACUGGACAUACUCAACAAUCUGCGGAACAAGUUUGCGGGCGGGGAACUGAGGACGAAGGGCAACAAGACGUUCGCGAAGGCCAGGCGGAUGCGCCAGCUGUUCUGGGACAAGGAGCUAGCCUACAUGGGCAACAACCAUGCGUCCACCUUGUCCCUGAAGUCAUCGCAGUGCCGUUCCACCCUGCGCUUCCCCCACGUCGGCGAGGCCAUUGCCCUGGUGACGCCCAGGGAGAAGCUCAACCUGAAGGAGAUAUAUUCGAAAGCGUUCACACCGAUGUUCGCCGAGUACCAGCAUGUAUCGGAUCCGGACGCUCUCCUCCAUGCCUUCGACCCGGACAGGGACUUCCAGGUGCGACACUUCACCAACAUCAUAAGCGAUCGCGUGUCGCGCGUGGGAUGUGGUGUCGCCGUGGGCGCCAACUGCAAUCCAUCCAUCAAGUUCUGCCACUUCCUGACCUGCUACUUCGACUUCCACAACAUGGCUGGUUCGUAUGUGUACAAGGCCGGGGAUCCCACCUCCUCCUGCGACGACUGGGGCGUCGUUAGCUCCGAUAAGUAUGCGAAUCUGUGCAAGAACAGCGGCGAGAUUUUCCCCCAUGAUCACGGCGAUCGAGUCGAGUGAACGUGAAAGUGAAAGUCCGGUUGUGAGGUGUUUAGUAUAUUCGUACAUUUAUAUAUGUUUUUCAAGCACAGGAGUCCGACUUUGAAAACCUCCCAGAGCCCGAAAUACAAUCCUUACACUU